UGCUCGGCGGCGGCCCCUCCGACUUUCGGCGCUCUGACAGUGGCCCUUUCGAAGUGAUGGCGGCUCAGGGUGGUACCGAAGGGGUAGCGGCUGCGGCAGUAGCCGCGGGCGAGGCUCUGGCUUCAGCCUCAGCUGCCUUAGCAGCCCCCAGCGUUCAGGAGGAUGUUUCACCUGCUCUACUGGCAGAGUUCUUGAAGGACUCGAGGAAGAAGGAGAAGUUGCUGUGGGGCCAGCUGCAGGUGGUAGAUGCCCUUCAGGGAUUCCUGGAGCACAUGGACAUGACUGUGAACACUGAAGAAGAAAUUCGGGCAGAAGCCAGUGCAGUCCAAAAGCUCUGGAAGGAUCUGAAGGCUGAGCACCAGAAACAGGUGGAAGCCAUUGAGGCUGCCUUGCCGCAGGCCCUAGAGCAACUGGAGGCCAGCCAGAGGAAGCAGGCUUUAUUGGGGAGUGCUCUGAGACAGGCCCAGGCCAAAAGGCAGGCUUUAGAGGAGCGGAAGAACAUGGCCCAGGCCCGGCAGAAGCGAGAGCAGGAAAAGCGAAGGCAGCGGUUAGUGGCCGGAGCCCAAGGCCAGAGUGAGCGCCUGGAGAACGCCAAGAAAAACAGGGAGCGGGCACUGACGCUCCAGUAUGAAGAAGAAGAGAAUGCCCACAGGCUUGGCGCCUUCCUAGGACUUCUGGAGAUGCUGCAUGGUGCUGGGGGGAUGGAGGAAAUGGAAACCUCUCUGGAACACCUGCAGCAAGCUCUCUGCAGUAACACCUCCCCACCCCCACAAAGGCAUGCCCAAUAAAGCUCACACCCAGUAGCUACACUCAGAAGAACAGCCCAAUGUCAAGCCUGUUGUUGCCUUGAAGACAACAUUGUUCAAAGCACUCCCCACCUACUGGGAGCCAGCCUUCUUCCUCCAGCUACUUGGUAGCACUGCCCUCCUCACUGGGGGCCGCCAGGGUGGAGGUUGCCUUGAAGCUUCGUUUGCGCUUUUGAACAUUUUGCUCAGGAUGGAAGAUGA